UACACAGUACUGAAUCGCUGAUACUGGCACGGUUUUGGUCCGAUGAUUUCCUUUCUCUAAGCAUGGGAGUAUGUGUUGAACCUUCUGAAUCUGAGUCCAGGAGGUUUUUUCGCCAACUCUACGAUUUGGAGGAGUUGAAGAUAGGUUCGAGUGUUCUCCCCUUUCAGAAUCUUCCACCCAUGCCGUCAGUCGGUAUGAGAUUGUCAACUAGGGUAUUUGUGCCAAAAUCAGUUGUGAAAGAUGCGGAUGGGACGAGGGUUUUACGAUCUGGGAGACGGUUGUGGUCUGAAUCUGCUGACGGGAAGCCAGAGAAAUGUUCAGAAGCUGAGGUGUGGUUUCGGCUGCUUGGUCAUUCUGGUGAUGCGGAUGAUGUUCUCUAUUGCAAGGAAAAUGGGUGGCACAAUGUUGUAGCUGGGAAAAGAGUAGCUCUGAAACUUUUGGAUAGGGAAAUGGUGCUAGAAUCUAUGAAUAACAGGCAUGGGGCUUCCACGGCAGAUGAGAGUGUAGAUAAGAUGUACGGCACCGUGUACCAUCGAAAACGUCAAAGAUUAGGGGUGAACAAGUCUUUUGAGUCUUCACUUCCUUCAGAUGGAGGAGGCAGGGUUUCGGAGGAUCGAAUGUAUGGGAUUCCCUUUGUCCGUAAACAGCGGGGACAGAGACCAACUGAGUCUUCUUCGACUGCUUUAUCAGGGGAAAUGGGAGUUCUGGAAGAUAUCAAAGAACACCAGGUCCUGCCGUGUAAUCUUGGAUUCCUACAGCAAGAUAUGCUCAACAGAUUUUUUCGUCAAGCUAUGGUUUUUAUGGUUGCUAAACCCACGUUUAGUAGUAACUGCCGCUUUGCUUGCCUUCUGAAUUCUAUUCUGAGCUACAUGAUGCGGACCAGAGUGCUAUUGUCAGAGCUUACAGCGUUUUUGUCCGCUAAGCCGAUUUCUCAAGCUUUCUCCCUUAACGGCAUUCACUUGUUGCAUGAUCAUCCAUGCAGCAUUACACUGAAAAAUGAUGUCUUGGCAUCUGGAAUUUGCAAGAUAUUUGAGGCCUCGGGUUUCACACCUCUGUUCUCAUUGGAUUUUCUUUCAGUUCCCCGUGCAUUUAUGUAUCUGCAUUCCAGUAAGCACCUGGGGUCCAUUUAUCUACCUAAUGUUCUUCUUAGGUACCUGAUGGGUUUGUAUGCAAAAGCACGGAGAUUCUCCAACAGCCAAAGUUUCCUGGCGUGUAUUCCUAGUAAGAUUGGUCUUUCUGGAAGCAAGAUUAUGACUUCUGGAAAUACUUCUAUCGGAAAGAAAAAAGUGGAUUUUAUUGGUAGAGCUCCCAAAUCAGCUUGCUGUGGUGGAAGUUAUGGAUUGAAUCCUCACAGUAUUCAGAAGAAGAGUAGCCUGGGGUAUGUGAGAGGUAUAAAUCUUUCAAUUGCAGAGUUGCAGAGUUCUUGUAAUGUUGUAGGUGGUGAUUUGCUAAGCAGUAUGGAUGAUUGCACUUCCUCCUCUUUGCAUGUAUCUAAUCGCAAGCAUCGGAGGUGUAUGAGUGAUGGUUUGGGAGAAAAUAUGAAGGACCUGAAGUCAACCUUGGUUGAAUUGAGGCAAAACAUGGAUUCACUAUAUUGUAGUGCAAACCUAUUGGUUAUUGAGCCAGACAAAUGCUAUAGGGAAGAGGGAGUUGAGGUUUCAUUGGAACUGUCAACUUCAAAUAAUUGGCUGAUUGCUGUGAGGAGACACGGUUCCUUAAGAUGCUGCGGUAAAGCCCAAAAUGUGAUGAGACCCAGUACAUCAAAUCGUUUCACCCAUGCCAUGAUAUGGGCAGGGUUAAAUGGUUGGAAGUUAGAGUUUACUGACAGACGAGAGUGGUUGAUCUUUAAGGAACUUCACAAGGAAUGCUAUGAUCGUAGUAUGCAGACUCCCUCAGUUAGAAUACUCCCUGUGCCUGGAGUUCAUGAAGUACCAGGAAAUGGGGACAGUAACUGUAUUCCCUUUGUGCGACCUGAGAGAUACAUCACUAUGAAAGAGGAUGAGGUGGCAAGGGCAUUGAUAAGGACAACAACGAAUUAUGAUAUUCAAUCUGAUGAUGAGGAAUUUUUGAACAAUUUCAAUAAUGAAUUUUAUUGUGGAGAUAAUGUUGGAUCUGGGUGUAUCUUAGUGUACAAUUUUGAGAAAAUUAUAGAUACGUUUGAGAAAACUGCAUAUUGCAGGCCUGAUGAUGUCGCUGAUGAGAUUAAAGCUGUCAAUCUUUGUUUAAAUUUGGGAAGAAAGGAAGUGUUGGUGGCUAUCUACAAUCACUGGGUUAAAAAGCGAAAACAAAAAAGCUCAGCACUGAUUAGGGUAUUCCAGUGUCAUCCCCCAAGGAGAGCGCAACUAAUCCAAAAACCAUUUCUGCGAAAGAAAAGGUCAUUCAAGAGGACAGGUAGCCAAUAUGGAAGCGGAAAACAGCCAAGAUUUUUACAAGCCAUGGCAGAGGAGCAUGAUGUCAUGGCAGCCAGGCAUCGAGUUGAAGAAGCCAAAAGCUCUGCAAGAAGAUCUUUGGAGGUGGCUAUGCUCAAGCGACAGAGAGCACAGACUCUCAUGGAGAAUGCGGACUUGGCAACUUACAAGGCCACCAUUGCAUUGAGGCUUGCAGAAGCAAUUCAGAGAUCAGAGCUGCAGGAUGCUCCCACUCCCGCUCCUACUGCCACUGCCGUGACCUCUUUCAUUGAUUGA